AAACAGUAAAAUAAGGAAUACAUGAAAACGUUUUUCCAGGUGAGACCCCCAAAGAAAAGUAAAGCGAGAUCAGGGACUAGAAGGACCCUUUCUUAAAGGGUGGUCCCUGGCCAGCGGCAUCUGGGCGAUUUCCUGGGAGCUUGUUAGAAGUGCAUGUUCUUGAGCCCCACCUGAGACUCACAGAAUCAGAAAUGGGUGGAGCCUAGGAACCCUUGAUGUAACUAACCUCCCAGAUGAUUCUGAUACACACUGAGGUUUGAGAGCCGCUGGGUGAUGGGACCCCAUCCAAAAGAAUGGCUGGGGAAUGCCUCUGUUAGGGAGAUGCCACUCAUCUGUCUCCUGUUUUAGAUCAUAAGUUCCUUAAGGGCCAGGAUUUGGGAUUGUCUUGUUCUCUGUUCCACCCAAUGCCAAGAAGAGAUUCUGGCACCUAUAGGUGCUCAGUAAAUGUUGAAUAAAUGUAUUUAACAGACACAGAGCAUCUACUUCAUGCCAGGCACUGCACUAGAGACUUUUUUAAAAGUUUAGCUCUCAAUCUUCCCAACAAGCACUGUGAUGUAGGCUCAGGGGGGGAGGUGUCAUCUCCCCAAGUGACUCUGAUGAAAUAUCACCGAGUGGUUUCCUGGCCAACCCACCCUGGCAGGGCCCUGAAGAUAUCUCCAGCUGGGGCAGGACAGUGGGUAACCCCAAUUCACCCAAUCUUCCCCACACUCUUGUCACUUCCCCUUCUCACUUCCCUGUGCUGCCUUUCCCUCCACAUGCUGACCGCAGAGAACCUCACUUUCAGGAAAGAGGACAGCAGUUAGGUCAGAAUAGAAAAUGAAGCAACUACUUCAAUGCCUGCUCCACCCCAUGAGGGGGAACACGCCACACUCACUCCACCCUUGUUCAAAACCCCCACGAGCUUCACCCUGUCCCUGUGGUAGAGGUUAUGCAUUUUACAGGUGGAGAAACUAAGGCUCAGAGAGGUUGGAAGUGAUUUGCCCGAGGUCAGCCAGGAAGUCCGUCUUGCUCCAAACGCCUCUGCUCCAUUUUCCCUCAGUAAGAUUUGUCCAAGGAGCAUUGACUGAGUGCUGAAGAGAUGCUGAGCAGAGCGCAGGGUACUGGGGAUACAGUGACAAACAAAACGGGACCAAGAGUGAGCAGGGAAGUAGGGAGGGGAGGAGGCGGCUCAGGAGAAGAGGUGACGGCAGAGGUGUGAGCUGAAGAGACCUGCACGGUGCCCUCCCCUCCCCCUUGCUGCCUGCCCUUCAGCCUCCCAGUUCCUCCUGCCCCUGGUUCCUCUUUCCCACUGAUUCCGGUGCAGGUCAGACCACAUAAAGCCAGGCAGGCUGCAGGGGCGCAGUGCUCAACAUGCCCGCCGGAGCGCACGUCCUGGGGUUGCUACUGCUGCCACUGCUGCUCCUGCUGCUGCUCACGCUACCAGCCACAGGUUUGGGUCCUGUACAUUGCUUCACCCAGUAUGAGGAAUCCUCGGGCGAGUGCAAGGGCCUCCUGGGGGAAAACAUCCGUGUUGAAGACUGCUGUCUCAACACUGCCUAUGCCUUCCAGGAGCCCGGCAGCAAGCUCUGCCACACAUGCAGAUCUCCACGGUGGUCAUUGUGGUCUGCGUGGGCCCCCUGCUCAGUGACCUGCACCGAGGGCUCCCAGCUGCGGCACCGGCGCUGCAUAGGCUGGGGUGGGCAGUGCCCUGAAAAGGUGGAGCCUGGGACUCUCGAGUGGCAGCUUCAGGCCUGUGAGGACCAGCCAUGUUGUCCUGAAAUGGGCGGUUGGUCUGACUGGGGGCCCUGGGCCCCUUGCUCUGUCACCUGCUCCAAAGGGACCCGAACCCGACGUCGAACAUGUGAUCGCCCCACCCCCAAAUGUGGGGGACACUGCCCAGGAGAAGCACAUGAGUCAGAGGCCUGUGACACCAAGAAGCCCUGCCCGAUACACGGGGCCUGGGCUGCUUGGGGUCCCUGGGGCCCCUGCUCGGGCUCCUGCCACAGUGGACCCCAGGUGCCUAUGGAGAGGCGGAGCCGCACCUGUUCUGCACCGGAGCCGUCCAGGGAGCCUCCUGGGAACCCCUGCGUAGGAUCAGCCUAUGAGCAGCGAGUCUGCAGCGGCCUGCCGCCCUGCCCAGUGGCUGGGGGCUGGGGAAAAUGGAGUCCCAUGAGCCCCUGCUCUGUGACCUGCGGCUUGGGCCAGACCAUGGAACAACGAAAGUGUGAUCACCCUGUGCCCCAGCAUGGGGGCCCCUUAUGUGCUGGUGCUGCCACCCGGACUCACCUCUGCAACACAACCAUGUCCUGCCCUGUGGAUGGAGAGUGGGGGCCUUGGGGGCAGUGGAGCACCUGUACCCGCCCAGGCAUGAAACACAUCAGCUGUCAAGAAAUCCAGGGCCAACAGUCUCGCUCCAGGAGCUGCAAGGGCCGCAAGUUUGAUGGACAGCGAUGUACUGGGCAACAACAGGAUAUCCGGAACUGCUACAAUAUCCAGCAUUGCCGCUGGAAAGGCUCAUGGACAGAGUGGAGUACCUGGGGGUUGUGCAUGCCCCCAUGUGGACCCAACCCCCUCCGCAGCCGCCAGCGCCUCUGCACAGCCCCACUCCCCAAGUUCUCGCUCACCUUAACCACCGUGGAAGGGCAGGAUGAGAAGAACUUAACCUUCUGGGGGAAACCAGCAACACUGUGUGAGGAGCUGCAGGGGCAGAAGAUGAUGGUGGAGGAGAAACGGCCAUGUCUACACGUGCCUGCCUGCAAAGACCCCGAAGAUAAGCUCUAAUACCCCUUUCUUCCACUCUGACCCCAACCUCCUAGAGCUCAAUAAACCAGCCUUUUCCCCAGGAGUGGGGCCAUAGCAUCUUCUAGGGCAAAGGGCACAGUGUAAGCUAAGUUCACAGUGGACUGUUGUGGAAAACUCUUAUUUUUUAAUGUGACCACAAUUUGGCAGGCAAGUAACCAGCUCCAACUUCCUUCUCCGCUGCUUUAUCCCCAAGGUCUGCACCCCGCCCCACCCACAAUGCCCUGGGGCCACCCAGCGCAUCCCUCUGCAGAGCUCCGGGCUUCCUGAUUGGCUUGCUUAUUCUCUGUCUCCCCGCCUCCUUGAGCUCCCUAGGUUCCCACCCACAGGAGCUUCUUGGCUGGCCUGUCAAUCCACAGUUGAAUGGCGGCAGAGGCGUGGCUGAAGUUGGCACCCCGCUGCGAGAGCACCUGCACCCGCCCACUCCCAACAGCCCAAUUCCAAUGCUGCAAUUAGUGUCGACAAAUAGCUCCGGGAGGGGGAAGGGGGGGCGGACUGAAGAAGUGCCUAUGAGGUGCUCAGAGCUGGAGUGGGGGCUGAGAGAAGCUAAAGUCAGCAUUUGCGUGGAGGAGCCCUGAGACCAAACCAGACACAGGUUCCUCUAGCGUUUGUUCAUUCAACACUAAUUAGCAUCUAAUGGAUACUACAGCUAAGUCUGGGCAUCAGGGUGGUGGAGGACGGUUAAAAGGAGAGGACAUCUGAGCAAGAGAACAGACUCAGAAUGGGUGAUCCUUUCAUUUGAACGUUUAUUUGACACUUAUCUACGCCUACUGUAUACUAACAAUAGUGCUGGACAUCAUAGGUAAUAGAGAAGAGUCAGCAUGGUAGUGUCUCCACAGCCAAGAGAACAAACCCAGACACUAAUGCUCUUAGUAUUUGCUCAUUUAUUUAGCACUAAUUAGCACUUACUGAAAACAGGGCCUCUUGUGAUGAGACAAAUCAUAAAAAUCAUAAUCAUGGUAAUGCUAAUUCUGAGACAGUACUUGCCCGGGUGCCUUUGUAGUAUUUUAAGACUUUCCAUAGCAUAAAUUCUUUUCAUCUACAAUGAACCUAGAAGGUCCAGUUUUAUCAUUAUCCCCAUUUUACAAAGGAAAACAGGCACAGAAAGAUAGUGGGUUAGACAUUCCUGAAGCACUAUGUCAGGAGCAAGGUUUCGGACUUCUGCUUUGUGCAUGGCAGAUCUGCAGCACCCAGACUGUCAGGGCACUCUUGUCUGGGAGGUACUGAGUGUAUGUAGAGUGUACAUGAAGUUAUAAUUGUGUGCACCAUAGCUAUGUAUUAUGUGCAUGCAUAUUAAAGUGGCACGGAUAUU